AUGGGCCGGAUCAUUUACACGCGAGAGGAGCUCUUGGCCAUCCGCGAGGGCCCUGGCCUCGACAAGCUGCCAGAUGGAGCAGACAUUUCGGUCAUCAGGGAGAUGGAGGAGCUCACGUUCUUUGACGCUGGCCCCAAGCCCGACUGGGCUGUCAAGGACGCCAAGCCGGCGGCCUUCCCCCCGGCGCGCAGUCCUGCGGGGCCGGCCAACUUCCUGCGGCCAGGCGGCCCCAUCCGCAGCCGCCUGGUGGCAGACGGCUCGCUGCCCGACGAGCUGCCGCCCGGCCGGCCGGAGAUGUCGAGCAGCAUGGGCCGCGCCGACAGCUGGCGCCGCAGCAUGGAGGGCAUGCCGGCGGAUGGCGGCAGGCCCGGAGAGCGCUGGGGCCCUGGCGGGCCCCCCACACCG